AUGUUGUCUCAAUUUGCUCUCCCCGGUGCGAACAAACCAUACGGAAACCCAACCAGAACCACUUUUAAGCCUCGGAAUGGGCGGCUCCUGAUUCCUUUCAUGGCCACAAUUGGUCUCGGGUUUGGAGCAUACAAUUAUUACGUCGCUGCCAAGUUACGUCGGGAACAAGCUCUGCUAGAGGAAGAGCAGCGCCUGGCUCGAAACCAACAGUUGAUGGACGCGUACGGCGACAAGAAUAGUUUGCAUGAACUCCAACAUGCACUCGACACGUAUUCUCGAUGA